AUGUUCCGGCUUCUGAGGGAGCCCGUGGCUCUGCCCGCCGCCGCGGUCCGGUUUUCCGGACACACAAUAGUGGACAGGAGCGAGCUCAGCUGUUGCCCAGCGCGUCCGCGGGCGGCUCGGCGGCCGGCGGGGCUGGGGAGCCUCCCGGUGAGUACCCUCGCCCUCGCCCGCUCUGGGCCUUUCCUCCGCGCCGCCGCCGCCGAUGCGCAGGCCGGCUGGGGACUCGCCUCCGCUCGGGCCUUCGGUUUCACUCCCUCGCUGAGUCCCUUCUCCCCUCCGACAAAAGGUGAUUCCUCGCGGGCUGGACACGCCCGGACGGCGGAGGGUGGCUGGGCGGCGCGAGGUCAUGCUAGCAACCUGUGGCUACUGGAGAAGGCGGUCGGGAAGCCGCGGAAAGACCCGGGAGCGCAGGGGAGAGCAGCAGAGAGGCCCGGCAGCCGGCCCAGCGGCCCUCCCAAACGUCCGAAAUGCCGACGGGUUGGAAGGGUUUCCGAGAGCUGUCGAGUUGAGAAGGACAGGAGUCCCUGCGCCCAGAACCCCCUGCACCCCAGCCCGUCCCACUCCGCGUGCAAAGAGCCAGUCGUCUACCCCUGGAUGCGCAAAGUUCACGUGAGCACGGUAAACCCCAAUUACGCCGGCGGGGAGCCCAAGCGCUCUCGGACCGCCUACACUCGCCAGCAGGUCUUGGAGCUGGAGAAGGAAUUUCACUACAACCGCUACCUGACACGGCGCCGGAGGGUGGAGAUCGCCCACGCGCUCUGCCUCUCCGAGCGCCAGAUCAAGAUCUGGUUCCAGAACCGGCGCAUGAAGUGGAAAAAAGACCACAAGUUGCCCAACACCAAGAUCCGCUCGGGUGGUGCGGCAGGCUCAGCCGGAGGGACCCCUGGCCGGCCCAAUGGAGGACCCCCCGCGCUCUAGUGCCCCCGCACGCGGGAGCCACGAACUUCGGGGUGGGGGUGGGCAGUGAGUGCAGGGGAUGGGGUGGGGGGACAGGAGGGGGCCCUGGGGCCUGGGCCCCGGAAAAAUCUAUCUGCCCUCCCCCACACUUUAUAUGCGAAUAAACGCAGAAGAGGGGGAGGGGAAGCUUUAUUUAUAGAAAUGACAAUAGAGGGCCACGGGGAGGCCCCCCCAGAAGCAAGAUUCAAAUCUCUUGCUUUCUUCCUUAAAAAGAAAAAAAAAAAAGAAAAAAGAAAAAGAAGAAGGAAGAAGAAAAAAACAGAAAGAGAAAUAGGAGGAGGCUGCAGCUCCUCGUUUUCAGCUUUGGCGAAGAUGGAUCCACGUUUCAUCUUUAAUCACGCCAGGCCCAGGCCCAUCUGUCUUGUUUACUCUGCCGAGGAGAGGACGGGCCUCGGUGGCGACCAUUACCUCGACACCCGCUAACAAAUGAGGCCCGGCUCGGCCGCCUCCGCCUCUGCUGCUGCCGUUGCUGGAAGACAGCCUGGAUUUCCUUUCUUUGUCCCCCACUCCCGAUACCCAGCGAAAGCACCCUCUGACUGCCAGAUAGUGCAGUGUUUUGGCCACGGUAACAAACGCACACACACUCUCCCUCAUCCUCCGUGCCCGUUCACGGAGGGCCAGAAUGACUGCUCACCCACUUCCACCGUGGGGUUGGGGGGUGGGGAACAGAGGAGGGGAGCAAGUAGGGGAGCGGGUGGCCUUGACAACUCAGGAGUGAGGAGGGAAAUUGAGUCCAAGGAAAAAGAGAGACUCAGAGACCCGGGAGGGCCUUCCUCUGGAAGGCCAAGCCAAGCCAUGCCUGGCAGGGUGAGGGGCCAGUUGAGUUCUGGGAGCUGGGCACUACUCUGCCAGUCCAGAGUUGUACAGCAGAGGCCUCUCUCCUAGACUGAAAAUGAAUGUGAAACUAGGAAAUAAAAUGUGCCCCUCCCAGUCUGGGAGGAGGAUGUGGCAGAGGCCUCUCCCAUAGUUUAUCAUGUUGCAUCGUUUAUUAUUAGUAUUGAUAAUAUUAUUAUUACUAUUUUUUUGUGUCAUGUGCGUCCUCUCUCCUUUUCUCUUUCUGACAUUCCAAAACCAGGCCCUUUCCUACCUCUGGGGCUGCUUGAGUUUAGAACCCUUCCUACUUGUGAAUAUCUGUGUGCUGUACAGAGUGACAAUAGAAAUAAAUGUUUGGUUUCUUGUGACCAGCA